AUGGGGAACUCGCAGUCUACGCCAGACAGCACGCAGAGACAGCACUCGACCGGCCACUCAAUGGCACGAACAGCUCCAAUUCCAGCUUCGCUGCCAGCCUCCUCGGUGCCAGCUUCAGUGUCAGAGCAUAACCGCUGGCAUCUCGAGCCUGUUGCGCCGGAGUCGACGCCGCAGCCUUGCCGCUGCCAAUGGUGUCUCGACUACGCGGUGCCGGACAGCCCCUACCAGACGCCGUCGACGCCGCUCGAAGAGUUCCUCGAGUUCAGACGUCAAGUGCUCAGCCGGGUCGAGAGGAAGUAUGGCGCUGGAGCGGACGAGGACGACAAGACGGCUUCUCGCUCGCCGGCCGGGGCCAAGAUGAGUGGUUUUAAACGCCGUUUCUCGCGGUCCAAAACGAACUUCUCGCGGCGUCUCUCGCUCAGCUCCAAGUUUGCAUCGACUCAUGACCUCACCGCAAACGGAGAUAGGGAUAAUGCGGUCAUCCAGGACUCCGGUUCGCCUGUUGGCUUGGGACUCGUCGAGGACGAUCCGCUGUCGCCCCAGAAUCCUCCGUCAGGACAGCCUCGUUUAGUCUCAGCCCGCCGACGGUCAUUUAAUAUACCCGGCGUGCCAACGAGGUUUCCGCUCUUCAACAGGUCACGGCAUGUCGCUCGCCGCAGUGAUUCCUUCUUUCACUAUAAGUCGGACACGUCGGAACCGCUUCGACGAAGUUGGACAGACGCCGGGGCUGUCCAUAACCAUACCAGACCCAGGACUGCUUCUCCUACUCGAGCCAUCAGCCCGUUCGAACAAGGCUACACCCACCUCGGGAGAUUCAAGUUUGGCUCUCUCCAUGUUGUAAACGGGUGCGCCUCCCCUGCCCCAAGCAGCAAGAAACAGAGGUCGUCCUGUCCGGAUUUAAAAUCGAUGGCUCAGUCCACUGAAACCCUUCAUGACGGCGAUUCUGGCUCAGAGGCCGGUAUAUCGACAGCCGAGGGACACCCUGAGUCUUCUUCUUUCCCUUCUUCUCCUCCUCCUCCUAUUCCAUUAAGGUCGUCGUCGAGGCUAAACGGGCGUCUCGACAUGGCUCCAAAUUCCGAGGAUGCUGCAAGGCAAACACCCGUCGAGGACCAACGGCCGGCGAAGAAGUCGGUCUCUGACCCUCGUCUGAAGCUCAUGCCGUUGACGACCACUCGAAGGCCAAGCAUGUCCUGGUUUGAUGACAGCCCUACUUCGCCGCCUUUCGUCAGUAGUCCGGACUCCGUCCACCUCAGGCCUUUUACUCCGCUCUCCAUCCAGCCUACUCCGGUCCUGGUGACGACGACCAAGGCAAAUGAAUACGAUGACAACCUCUUCGAAGAUGAAGGGAUGGAAAUUCCAGUCUACUGGGAUGACACAGUGCAGUCCCACGAGAGCUUCCACGAUACUCAAUUCCACGGGACCCUAAGCAAAGAACGACAAGAGGCGAAGCAAUGGUCUACUAGUGGCCGUUCCGGUACUUUGAACAAGACAGAUAGCGGCUAUAGUUCUGCUUCUGGGAAAUCUACUUCAAGAUACCGCCAUAGUUCGGGCCAAAAGAAAAGCUCGAGAGACAGAAAUGGCCGCAUGUUCGAGGGAGAUUCCCAGGGCUUGGCCCACUGCAAUGGAAGCAUAACUGACCCCGUCGAGGGGACCAUUUCAAUUACUUCGCAUGGAAGUAAGGAAAUCAUCAAUGCAGUCUUCCCGUGGCCUCCCGCCCAUCUGAGGUAUCCGGUAGAGCCAUAUGCAAGUCAAGCACAGAAACAGAAACCCGAACAUCAGUCCCCUUCCCGGUACGAACCUAAUGCAGACACCAUGUCUGAGUAUAACCUGGAUCCAACGUACCCGGUUAGAGUCAGAUAUGAGCCUUCUCGCCCGCCACCAAUACCACCACAAUAUCGCCCAGCAAAAAAGUCGUCUCACAGCCGGCCAUCCAAUAGCCAACAUACCCAAUACAAGGGCCCUACCACUAAGAGUUCUAUGACUAGAUGUUCUCCUAUCAAAGGCCUUGCUAUCAAGUGCCCUGAUACUAAGGACCAUACUUCUAAACGUCAAGCAACAAAGAGUCAUCCACAGAGUCAUCCACAGAGUCAUCCACCCAAGAGAUCUAGCAGAAGACAUCGAGAUUCAACUCCCGCCCGCAUGACGGGGGAGAAGCCGCGCUCCGCUUCCCAACUUCACGCCAGGUCUGCAUCAGACCUGACUUCUUCAAGGCGUUCAAGGCGUGUAAACACCGAUAAACCUCUACCGGCCUUACCUCCAUCAAAGGAUUUCCAAUUCCCAAGGCCUCAGAUGCCGACUCCCCCACUCUCCCGUUCAACCUCAUUGGGAGACUUGAAACUAUUAACUGAUACCGGUCCAAAUGACCUCAUAAACUAUAUCACAAACCACACACCCGUGGAGAUAGAUAACAACAUGUGGGGUUCUCUAUCGGCAGAUCCAGAGCUAGACCUAGAGCUUCUUCCCCUGAACUUGGACCUUAACAAAUCUGCUUUACACGACUAUCAGCCAAUCUCCCUUCAAGAAUCGAUCAAUCAAACGCGAAGGCAACAAAAACUGCACCGGAGCGCAUCCCAUUUCAGCUUCGAUUCUAGCAUUAACCAAAGGCCUGGUGGUCGAUACUCUCCCUUCCCCCCAUCGCCUAUUAAUGACGUAUUCGGCGAUAACCAUCGCAAGUCUCGAAGACCAAAUUACCAAUCGGGUCCACCACCAACAACAUAUCGCAUUUCGCAAUCAAAAACAACAGCUACUGAAAAGCGCUCGAGUCGGCCACCGAAACCGUCGUCAUCGUGUGCUGCGCAGGUUGGCAGAACUCAUCAAAAACCCGGCGCAUUAAACCACAUCGAAAGCUACAUUUGA